UCAGGUGGUGAGUGCAAUGCUACGACCAAUAGGUCUCAGACUAAAGAGGCACAUGUCACCUUUGCCCAUUAGCAUCACUGUAUAUAGCUUCCUCGAUGCUCAAUGAGGUCUUAAAAUCGCCACUGUUGGUGAACUCUUCACUCUUUUGUUUGUCGUGUACUCGCCAUCUCCGCUCCACCAUAUUUGUCGAGAAAAAUUUGGAAGCAACUAACUAGACUAAACUACACCAACUCUUCAAAAUGGAUCAAUUAAACGUCAAAGAACAACAAGAAUUCCAAAAGCUCGUUGAGCAAAAGCAAAUGAAGGAUUUCAUGAACUUGUACUCCAACUUGGUUUCCAGAUGUUUCGAUGACUGUGUCAAUGAUUUCACCUCGGCCAACUUGACCACCAAGGAAUCCACUUGUAUCUCCAAGUGUUCCGAGAAGUUCUUGAAGCACAGUGAACGUGUCGGUCAAAGAUUCCAAGAGCAAAAUGCUUUGUUGAUGCAAAACUUGCAAAAACGUUAGGAUCCCCUAAUGAUGAUCUUAAGGCUGUCUGUGGGUAUACAGUACUGUGCUUCACGGAAAGCUUGUUACGGUUUCUGUGCUAUGGGUUAGCCUGACGGUAGGCUGGGAAUCAAAAGUGCGGCCGCCACUGGAUCGGCAAACGCAAAACUUUGAUGACUUAAAUAGA